CUGUCGUGUCCCUGACGCAACGAUCGAUGUUGGACAUUUUUUGAUGCUCUGAUUGAUCUCUCUUUAUUCCUGUCUUAGACUGUACUAUACUGUGCUACACUGUACUAUAUCUGAUCCCUCCCUUACAUCCCUUAAACCCGUGCCUCCUUACUCGCGUGUCCAGGGACCGGGAGUGAUCGAGCAGAAUGGUGUCCGGCGAGGGCUCUGAGAAGACGCCGCUCGUCUCGUUGAUCGCAGGAGGAACAGCCGGUGGUGUCGAGGCCACCAUCACAUACCCGUUCGAAUUUGCCAAAACGCGAGUCCAACUGCACGACGACAGUCCGACACGGAACCCGUUUCGCGUGAUUAAAGGGGUGAUCGAGAAAGAAGGGGCGCGGUCGUUGUACAAAGGCUGCGAGACGCUCGUGGCGGGCACCGUGCUGAAGGACGGCAUCCGGUUCAUAUCGUUCGACAGCAUCAAGAACGCGUUCAAGGACCCCGAGACGGGCACGUUGUCGCCCCUGCGCAAUCUCAUGGCGGGCAUUUCUGCGGGCGUCGUGGCGAGUACGUUCGCGGUCACGCCGACGGAGAGGAUCAAGACGGCGCUGAUCGACGACGCGCGGCACGAUCGGCGGUUCAAGUCGCCCUGGCACGCGACCACGACGUUGGUCAAGGAGCACGGCGUGCUGAGGGCGCUGUACAGGGGCUAUGUGACGACGACGCUGAAACAGGCGUCCUCGACGGCCGUGCGGCUGGGCACGUACAAUAUCCUCAAGGACUUUGAGCGGUUGAGGAACAUCCCGCAGACGACGGCGACGACGUUUGCGAACGGCGCCGUCGCGGGCACGGUCGUCGUGUUCGCCACGCAGCCGUUUGAUACGCUGAAGACGCGCGCGCAGAGCGUGAAGGGUGCGGGCGUCAUGGAGGCGUUCAAGAGUAUCAUUGACGAUUAUGGCGUCAAGGGCCUGUGGAGGGGCAGUACCAUGAGGUUGGGACGCACCGUGCUGGCUGGCGGGAUCCUGUUUACUACGUACGAGUGGGUGGCUGCGUUGAUUCAGCCCGUGCUGGACAAGAAGCUCUUGCCUGCGGUGAGUAAGGCCGAUUGAUGACACCACCACCGACCUACCUACCUAUAGCAUGUGAGAGAGAGAGAGAGGGAGCGGCAGAGAGAGUGUGUAAGAGUGUUGGCAAAUGUUUUGGGGGGAACUGGAGGCCGCUCUUUUUUUUUCCGGUUCCAAAUUCCUCCAGGUGGAUCACCUCUUGGUGAUGGUGAGAAUCCGCACAUCUCUCGUGCCUGGUGGACGGCGCGCUGGGUGGGGUGAAGCGAGUACUCGCCUGAUGUCAGAGGCAAAUAGUGCCCAUUUCGAAGGAACAAAAGACCUCCACCAACCUCCAUCGAUUGACAGCGGACGACACGACCACACAGGGCAAUCAACAAGCCAGCCUUCUAUCUGACCCACAGCAUUCGUCUCUAGCUCCUCUCAGCCAACGACUGACUACCAGUGAUGAAGGGGAAAAGCAAUGAGAAACAGGCUGGCUGUACAUCUUCAAUCGAACCAAGAUUCUUGUCUCUCAACUGCGCCAUCAUCAUCACUGGGCAUCCAUGGUAAAGUCUGAGACGACGAAAGCGAAUUGAAGCAUAGACUGGUUUUGUGACGCACGGAAAAAUGAGCAAAAUAUUUUCUCAGAGUGUCCAUGCUGUUGACUACAGCAUUAUCGGAUGUUACUAAAAACAGAUAACGCAAAUACUUUGAUUCACC